CUCUAACAGUCCAACACAGACCAGAUAUACUUAGAACCAACACACCAGAAAUUAGAUUAGAUUAGAUUGUGUAAUAGAUAUAGAGAGACAUGGCAAAGUGGAGUUCAUCGUUGCUUGUUCUUCUUGCAUUAGUUGUGGUUCACGCUAGUGCAAGAAAUGUUCCCACAACGACUACUACAAUGGCUGCUGACGCCGUGCCUAGUGCUGCAUCUGCGUCCGUUGGUGACCAAAAGAACUUCCUUACUUACGGUGGUGCAGGGGGCUUCGCUGGCAUUGGCUCAAAUGGCAUGCCAUUUGGUGGUGGUGGGGUUCUUGGUGGGGUUACUCCCUUUGGUGGUGUAGGUGGACUUGGUGGUGGUGGUUUGGGUGGACUUGGAGGAACCGGAGGAUUCGGUGGACUUGGAGGAACCGGUGGAGUCGGUGGACUUGGAGGUACCGGUGGAGUCGGUGGACUUGGAGGUACCGGUGGAGUCGAUGGACUUGGAGGAACCGGUGGAGUCGGUGGAUUUGGUGGUGCUGGUGGUGGUGUAGGUGGUGGAGUAGGAGGUGCUGUUGGCGGUGGAGUUGGAGGUGGAGCAGGAGCAGGAGCUGGUGGUGGCGGUGGCGCUGGUUUACUUCCUUCCCCAUGAAAUAUCCUUAAUGCAUGGGAGCUUUACCAAAAAUAGUUUACUCCGAAAUCGUCUUCUUUGUUUAGUUAUGUUUUGUUUUGUUAAUGUUUUUUCUAAAAAAAACAAAAUUAAUGUUUGUUCUUCCUAGUUCUUGAUUUCGUGGGUCUAAAUCCUAUGUCCGCAUGAAACAGAUUUAACUUA